GUUUCAUUCAUACACAAAGCCUCAAAAUAUCAGGUUGUUGUUUUCUAACAAGGCCAUCCACAUUCGUUUUUUCCUACAUUGAUUGCCGCUUUUUGCGGUUUAUUAGAGCACAAGGAAUAGAAGCCAUAAAAUGAAGAAACGUUAUGUGGACGCAAGCAAGCUACGGAAAAUGAAAAAGAUAAAAAUUACGGAGGAGAUAUCUGAAAGGUAUAGUGAGGUGACGCAUCGACCGGAUGCCGUUGCUUUUGUUGUUGAUAGGCUUUGUGUAAUGCGCAUCUUCGUCAUUCUCACCUGAUGUCUAUUUUUAUCACAAUAAUUGCUUCUUCACUUUAGCUUAGUCUUGGACGCUGUAGGAUAUGGAAAAGGACAUUGUGGUUGCUAAAUAGGCCUACAAACAUUAUAGCAGAGUCAACUUGAAAAAGAAGCCAAUGCUACUUGAUUUGGGUAGUUGUUACGGAAGGCUAGCCAACGCGAGCUAUCGGACUAUUUUAUCAUAGCCUACCAUAUGAUGAGUUUUUGCGGGUUGUGCGCAGACACAAUACAUGAUUCAGUCUAUCUUCUCUCAUUUGAAGGCUAACCAUUAAAUUAUGCUACAAUAAUCCGAAUUAUUAUUAUUAAAAAUUAUUAUUAUUAUUAUUAUUAUUAUUAUUAUUAUUAUUAUGUGCUCUCACUUUUAAUAGAUAUAGGCCUACUUAAACCUAUUCAUGCAAUAUUGGCUUACGACCAGGUAGCCAUUUCAAGCAUUUAAUUACAGACAGACCCAAUAGAGAAUUCGCAAUGUCCCCUUUGUGACGAGACAAAGCGCUGAGGAAUGUUCAGUUUAUGAAUGCACUAACUGUAAGUUGCUCUGGAUAAGCGCGUCUGCUAAAAUGACUAAAAUGUACAUUUCAGUUGAGCUCUUUUGGUACCCAGUAUCACGGAUGAAACGUUGUCAUGGUUACCAAACAAAAAGGGGGCGAUGUAAGGAUGUAUGGAGGUGUCGAGCGCACGAACAAAGGAGUUGUUCAAAACAAGACAUGAGUGUAGCCUAUAACGAGAGAAUGUAGGCGUUAUCUUAUCCAAGUGUCUCGUUUUCUCUAAGAUGAUAUCCUAUAGAAAACUAGGAUAUGUUCCCAAAUGUAAAAUAAUGUAAUGAAUCAUGAUUUAGUGAUUACAAUAUUUGCCUAAUUGAGAUGAAUCCCUAUAUGAGUAUGCGAUCACCUAAUUUAAUGAAGCUUUAUAUGCAUAAGACGGUUUAUUAUAUUUAAUUAAGCAAGACUUCAAAAUGUUUUUCACACCUUUUACAUGAAAGUAACUUUGUCUUACAGUUGUGUGGUUUUCUGUUAGGAACAGUAUCUUUCACAGUUUGUCAAUAUUCCUGCCAAAUGCAUUAUAAUAACGGGCUUAGGCCUAUAUCAUGAGAAAUAAGCUACAUUUAGCUCUUCCAGUAGAUAGAGAUUUUUUUUAAACCUUCAAUCACAGAUCAUCAGCAUUACAUUUUUACCAUUAUUUCAAUACAAUUAUAACACACACAUUUUACAUAAGAAGAGUUUAUUUCCAAAAAGCUAUAUUCACCAAUUUUUCACACGUGUUUUUCAUCAGAAAUUAAUGCUUAUGGGUACCAGUGUGUAAAAUAUUACUGUCCUCUUAGAUGUGUAUUAUAAUUGGUUUUGUUGCAAAACACUACACUGAGUAUACAAAACAUUAAGAACACCUGCUCUUUCCAUGACAUAGACUAACUAGGUGAAUCCAGGUGAAAGCUAUGAUCCCUUAUUGAUGUCAUUUGGUAAAUCCACUUCAAUCAGUGUAGAUGAAGGGGAGGAGACGGGUUAUUAAAUGAUUUUUAAGCCUUGAGACAAUUGAGACAUGGAUUGUGUAUGUGUGCCAUUCAGAGGGUGAAUGGACAAGACAAAAUAUUUAAGUGCCUUUGAACGGGGUAUGGUAGUAGGUGCCAGGCGCACCAUUUUGUGUCAUGAACUGCAACGCUACUGGGUUUUUCACGCUCAACAGUUUCCCGUGCGUAUCAAGAAUGGUCCACCACCCAAAGGACAUCCAGCCAACUUGACACAACUGUGGGAAGCAUUGGAGUCAACAUGGGCCAGCAUCCCUGUGGAACGCUUUCUACACCUUGUAGAGUCCAUGCCCUAACGAAUUAAGGCUGAGGGCAAAUGGGUGUGAUGUUCCUAAUGUUUGGUAUACACAGUGUACAGUGCAUUCGGAAAGCAUUCAGACCUUUUGACUUUUUCCACAUUUUGUUACGUUACAGCCUUAUUCUAAAAUUGAUUAAAUACAUGUUUUUCCUCAUCAAUCUACACACAAUACCCCAUAAUGGCAAAGCGAAAAUAGGUUUUUAGACAUUUUUGCAAAUGUAUAUAUAUAUAAAAAAAAUAAUCUGAAACUCCUUAUUUACAUAAGUAUUCAGACCCUUUGCUAUGAGACUCGAAAUUGAGCUCAGGUGCAUUCUGUUUCCAUUGAUCAUCCUUGAGAUGUUUCUACAACUUGAUUGUAGUCCACCUGUGGUAAAUUCAAUUGAUUGGACAUGAUUUGGAAAGGCACACACAUUUUUACAUUUACAUUUGAGUCAUUUAGCAGAUGCUCUUAUCCAGAGCGACUUACAGUUAGUGCAUACAUUUUUUUUUUUCAUACUGGCCCCCUGUGGGAAACGAACCCACAACCCUGGCAUUGCAAGCGCCAUGCUCCACCAACUGAGCUACACGGGGCCCACACACCUGUCUAUAUAAGGUCCCACAGUUGACAGUGCAUGUCAGAGCAAAAACCAAGCCAUGAGGUUGAAGGAAUUGUCCGUAGAGCUCCGAGACAGGAUUGUGUUGAGGCACAGAUCUGGGGAAGGGUACCAAAACAUUUCUGCAGCAAUGAAGAUCCCCAAGAGCACAGUGGCCUCCAUCAUUCUUAAAUGGAAGAAGUUUGGAACCACCAAGACUCUUCGUAGCCCUGGCCUCCAGGCCAAACUAAGCAAUCUGGGGGAGCAGGGCCUUGGUCAAGGAGGUGACCAAGAACCCGAUGGUCCAGAGUUCCUCUGUGGAGAUGGGAGAACCUUCCAGAAGGACAACCAUCUCUGCAGCACUCCACCAAUCAGGUCUUAAUGGUAGAGUGGCCAGACGGAAGCCACUCCUCAGUAAAAGGCACAUGACAGCCUGCUUGGAGUUUGCCAAAAGGCACCUAAAGGACUCUCAGACCAUGAGAAACAAGAUUAUCUGGUCUGAUGAAACCAAGAUCCAAAGUUUGGCCUGAUUAUCAAGCGUCACAUCUGGAGGAAACUUGGCACCAUCCCUAUGGUGAAGCUUGGGGGUGGCAGCAUCAUGCUGUGGGAAUGUUUUUCAGCGGCAAGGACUGGAAAACUAGUCAGGAUUCAGGGAAAGAUGAACGGAGCAAAGUACAGAGAGCUCCUUGAUGAAAACCUGCUCCAGAGCGCUCAGGACCUCAGACUGGGGCGAAGGUUCACCUUCCAACAGGACAAUGACCCUAAGCACACAGCCAAGACAACGCAGGAGUGGCUUCGGGACAAGUCUCUGAAUGUCUUGAACCCGAUGGAACAUCUCUGGAGAGACCUGAAAAUAGCUGUGCAGCGACGCUCCCCAUCCAACCUGACAGAGCUUGAGAGGAUCUGCAGAGAAGAUUGGGAGAAACUUCCCAAAUACAGGUUUGCCAAGCUUGUAGCAUCCUACCCAAAAAGUCUUGAGGCUGUAAUUGCUGCCAAAUGUGCUUCAACAAAGUACUGAGUAAAGGGUCUGAAUACUUAUGUAAAUGUGAUAUUUCAGUUUUAUUUUAUUUUAUAAAUUUGCAAAAAUGUCUAAGAACCUGUUUUUGCUGUGACAUUAUGGGGUAUUGUGUGUAGAUUGAUGAGGGAAAAAAACGAUGUAAUCAAUUUUAGAAUAAGACUGUAACGUAACAAAAUGUGGAAAAAGUAAAGGGGUCUGAAUUACAUUUACAUUGACAUUUUAGUCAUUUAGCAGACGCUCUUAUCCAGAGCGACUUACAGUUAGUGAGUGCAUACAUUUUUCAUAAAUUUUUCUUUCCGAAUGCACAGUGAGGGAAAAAAGUAUUUGAUCCCCUGCUGAUUUUGUAUGUUUGCCCACUGACAAAGAAAUUAUCAGUCUAUAAUUUUAAUGGUAGGUUUAUUUGAACAGUUUCUGAACAAAAAAAUCCAGAAAAUGUCAAAAAUGUUAUAAAUUGAUUUGCAUUUUAAUGAGGGAAAUAAGUAUUUGACCCCCUCUCAAUCAGAAAGAUAUCUGGCUCCCAGGUGUCUUUUAUAGAGGUAACGAGCUGAGAUUAGGAGCACACUCUUAAAGGGAGUGCUCCUAAUCUCAGUUUGUUACCUGUAUAAAAGACACCUGUCCACAGAAGCAAUCAAUCAAUCAGAUUCCAAACUCUCCACCAUGGCCAAGACCAAAGAGCUCUCCAAGGAUGUCAGGGACAAGAUUGUAGACCUACACAAGGCUGGAAUGGGCUACAAGACCAUCGCCAAGCAGCUUGGUGAGAAGGUGACAACAGUUGGUGCGAUUAUUCGCAAAUGGAAGAAACACAAAAUAACUGUCAAUCUCCCUCGGCCUGGGGCUCCAUGCAAGAUCUCACCUCGUGGAGUUGCAAUGAUCAUGAGAACGGUGAGGAAUCAGCCCAGAACUACACAGGAGGAUAUUGUCAAUGAUCUCAAGGCAGCUGGGACCACAGUCACCAAGAAAACAAUUGGUAACACACUAUGUCGUGAAGGACUGAAAUCCUGCAGCGCCCGCAAGGUCCCCCUGCUCAAGAAAGCACAUAUACAGGCCCGUCUGAAGUUUGCCAAUGAACAUCUGAAUGAUUCAGAGAAGAACUGGGUGAAAGUGUUGUGGUCAGAUGAGACCAAAAUCGAGCUCUUUGGCAUCAACUCAACUCGCCAUGUUUGGAGGAGGAGGAAUGCUGCCUAUGACCCCAAGAACACCAUCCCCACCGUCAAACAUGGAGGUAACAUUAUGCUUUGGGGGUGUUUUUCUGCUAAGGUGACAGGACAACUUCACCGCAUCAAAGGGACGAUGGACGGGGCCAUGUACCGUCAAAUCUUGGGUGAGAACCUCCUUCCCUCAGCCACUGCAUUGAAAAUGGGUCGUGGAUGGGUAUUCCAGCAUGACAAUGGCCCAAAACACACGGCCAAGGCAACAAAGGAAUGGCUCAAGAAGAAGCACAUUAAGGUCCUGGAGUGGCCUAGCCAGUCUCCAGACCUUAAUCCCAUAGAAAAUCUGUGGAGGGAGCUGAAGGUUCGAGUUGCCAAACGUCAGCCUCAAAACCUUAAUGACUUGGAGAAGAUCUGCAAAGAGGAGUGGGACAAAAUCCCUCCUGAGAUGUGUGCAAGCCUGGUGGCCAAUUACAAGAAACGUCUGACCUCUGUGAUUGCCAACAAGGGUUUUGCCACCAAGUACUAAGUCAUGUUUUGCAGAGGGGUCAAAUACUUAUUUCCCUCAUUAAAAUGCAAAUCAAUUUAUAACAUUUUUGACAUGCGUUUUUCUGGAUUUUGUUGUUGUUAUUCUGUCUCUCACUGUUCAAAUAAACCUACCAUUAAAAUUAUAGACUGAUCAUGUCUUUGUCAGUGGGCAAACGCACAAAAUCAGCAGCGGAUCAUCUUUUUUCCCUCACUGUUUAUCCAUUGUUUAGCUGGAAUGGAAUAUUCAUAUCCUGUAUAUCAUAUCAGUUCACCACAUAAAAAAUCUACCAUCAUGCUAUAGUGUUUGGUUAGAGUUAGGUCUCGUUCCAAAUGGCACCCUAUUCCCUUUACAGUGCACUACUUUUGACCAAAGCCCAGAUCUCAUAUUACUGUACUGAUUCAUUUCAUUAAAUAUAUAUAUUUGUAAAAUAUGAUGUCACAAAUGUAUCAUUUGUACAGCUCGUUACAAAAAAUGUAAUUAUUUGUCACAUUUGACGGUGUAAAACCUUGCAGUGCUACAUUUUUGAGUGGGAUAUAUCUGUUUUCUUCUACAAAAUAUGAUUGUUUCAUUUCAUAGAGACAAACAAUCUAGUGAUAAGUUUCAAACAAAUACAUAUCUGUCAUUAAACAACCCCAUGCCAUGAUUAGAUAGUGAAAAAACACACAAGUCUCUUUCCUAAGUUCUUUAAGUGAGCAUGUAGCUCAGUUGGUAGAGCAUGGCGUUUGCAACGCCAGGGUUGUGGGUUAAAUUCCCACGGGGAGCCAUUAUGAAAAAAUAUAAAUUAAUAAUGUAUGCACUCACUAACUGUAAGUCGCUCUGGAUAAGAGCGUCUGCUAAAUGACAAAAAUGUAAAUGUUUAAACAAAAAAAGCUAAUUUACCAACAUUUCUGAAAAUGGAUAUAUAGCGUUUUGGAAUGAAACUCUUCAUAUCCUCCUCUUAUGCCUGUUUUGCAGCGCUUACACCUUUCUGAAGUUUAUGAUCGUGUGGACUCUGGUGCUCCUGGCAGAUUUUAUACUGGAGUUUCGACUGGAAUACCUGUGGCCCUGUUGGCUAUUCUUCAGGAGUGCCUAUAACACUUUCCACUGCCAUGGGCUGGUGAGGACUUUAUCAGUUAGGCUGUGUCCAAAAUAGCACCCUAUUCCCUGUAAUAUAGUGCACUACUUUUGACCAGAACCCUACUUUUCAACAUAGGGCUCUGGUCAAAAGUAGUGCCCUAUAUUACAGGGAAUAGAAUGCCAUCUGGGAUGCAGCCUGCCCUUUAAUGGUCUUCUAGACAGAAGUCAAUAACAGUAAAGUAUUGAGAUCAAGAUAUUGUAGAAAAUAGUUUUAGGCCUUGCAACCUGUUAUAUAAAUGUUAUAAACCUGUUAUAUACUGCAGCCAUUGUCUUCUUGUUCGAAACCCAAGCAGACAGAAUAAAAUGUAGCUGUCCAACGUAGCACCAACGUAAUGCACUGUUUCUCUGUUGCAGGUUAUUUGUGUGGUGUUUGUGUGUGUGACGUUCACCCUGGACAUGUUAUGUUUCAUUUUUAUUCCCCUCCACUGGUUGUUCUUCGCAGCCAGCACCUAUGUCUUAUUCAAUUACAUUUGGCACACAGGUAAGCAUAUCAAGCCUGUUUUACAGGGAAAAAAUAUGUAUUGUAUUGCCUAGCUGUGGAAUGCCUUAGAUAAGGAUAAUGUGGAAUGUUAUUUAAUAGUUGUCUAACAAGUCACAUGUUUCUGUAAAGAGUUUAAACAAACCAUUCUGGAAAUUUAGAAAUCUGCCAUUUAUAAUAUAAAUGAUGAAAAUUGACGGAAUUGAAAGUUUCAACCUGUUACAGAGAUUGGUUUGCUUCAACCCGUUACAGAGAAAUGGAAGCGUGUUAUGCUGUCACCUGAUAGACUUACUGGUUUAAUUUGUAAAAGCACAGUUCUGGUGGUAGCUACACUAGCUAUAAACAUAAGCUAGUAUUUUCUCUUGGUAAGUUUUUGAUGUUUUUUAUAAUAAUUUAUUUCUUCUUCUCAGAGAAAGGCAUCUGUAUGUCGACGGUGUCCCUGUGGGUGUCCCUGUGGGUCCUGCUGGUGUACACGGACGCUUCGCUGAGGCUCAAAGAUCUGAACAACUCCCACGCCAACCUGUCUCAUCUCUUCGCCGCGCACUGGUAGGUCGAUUGAACACAAAGCACUUCUCACCGUAUAUUCACCCUCGAGCAGAAUCUUCCAAACAGACCCAGAUUAUACGCUGUAGAUCCUUUCUAAAUGCCAAGGAUUUUCACAACCGCUUGAAUUGAGUGGGUUUAAGCUAACGUCUUAAAAUCGCAAUGAAUCACAAGUGGCGUACUCUGCAUGUGUUUGUCAUCAUCACAGACAAUAAUGUAGGCCAUUAUUUUAUAUUUCUUUUCUCUCGCUCCCUCUCCCCCAGCAUUGGCUACCCUGUUGUCUAUCUGGGGUUCGACACCACCUGCUACUUCACCAGCAUCUUCAAGCUGCGGACGCAGAAAGCUGUGCAGAGCGAGAACAACUUUCACAUGCACCUCCUGGAACAGUCCCUACCUCCGGGCCUGCAGCUUUACCCCAAGAGCAUCACAGACGGCAACGGCAGUAAGUGCAGCGGAGGUUGUGCCUGCUACUCAUUCACUUCUGCACUGUUUUACACUGACUGUUAUGAGAUGAUUCCCCAACGGUAGUACUACUUUGUUGGGUAAGGCAGUUGGUUUCAGGUUAAACCCUUUAGAUGGUAGUGCAGUACAUAGAGAAAAUGGUGCCAUUUGGGACGCAUAUAGUGCCAAAGGAGGACAUUAUUAGUUAAUGCUCCACUAUAAUGUCCCUGUGCGUGUAGGAAGCAGAUACAUGUUACAUCUCACUGUGAGUCCAAUACUCUGUAGCUAGAUAUUGUCUUUGAAAUAUAGCCCUUUUCCUCCUGCAGACUCAAAGUGGAGGCCCAAACCUGAGUCCAGUCAGUACCAGUGUCAGAACGGUGCUGUGGCAUCUGACGAGAGACUCACCGUGGAAUGCCUCCAGAUCCACAGCGGAGUGGAGCGGGGAGGGACCGAGAGGGGUGUGGAGGAGACAACGCUGGGAGACUCAAACCCCCAGCCGCCCCAGUCCUCAAAACCCAGAGACCCCCCCACCAACGGUGUGAUAGGAGGAGGGUCGCCGGAGUCCUCGGCCACCACCGAAAAUCUACCUCAGGAGGAGCAAGGCGGCAAAGUCCUGCGGGCCGCCAAAGGCUCAUCCUCCUCCCCCAAAGCACGCAGGACGUCCCCCGGCGCCGCUAACAUCCCUUCACCUCCUCCCACUGGCAGGGCUGAAAGGAAGCAGAAGAAUGGCUCCAAAACGGUCAGCCCCAAUCGGCACGCUGCAGACAAGGGCCCCGCCGCGCCAAAUCCUCACGCUGACCAGAUCACUAAGUAGGGACACUCCGCCGCUGUUCACUUUGGUUUCAUUGGCUUUGGAGAUCUACAGAGAGAUGUGCAUGAGAGUACGAGUGUUACUUAAUCAGCUCUCUUUCUCUCUUCUUACUCUUUGCCUCUCUCUCUACCGCCCUCUCUCCCCCCCCCUCUAUCUCUUUCCCCCUCUCUCCUCUACCUCUCUCCACUCCCCUUUCUCCCUCCCCCUCUCCCCCAUUUCCCAGGCUGGAGCAGGAGAUGAGGAGGCUGAAGGGCGAGCUACAGGCCAGCAGACAGGGUGAGCAGGAGCUGCGCAGCCACGUCUGCAACCUGACCAACAGCGAGCACAGCCUGAGGCCCGAGGUGUCUCUGCUCAGGCAGAACAAUGAGUUGCUCCAGAGCAAGUGAGUGAUAACAGAGCAUUUUAUGGUCUUUUUUUUUUUACUCGCAUCGUGGCCCUAGUGCCCUGUCAGUCUGCCAUACACUGCUUUUGGCUCCCCCUGCUGGUUACUAGGCAAGUUGCCUAGCGGUUAGAGCAUUGGGCCAGUAACCGAAAGGUUGCUGGUUCGAAUACCUGAGCCGACAAGGUGAAACAUCUGUAGAUGUGCCCUUGAGCAAGGCACUUAACCCUAAUUUGCUCCAGGGGUUCCGUACUGCUAUGGCUGACCUUGUAAAACAACACAUUUCACUGCACCUAUCCGGUGGAUGUGACAAUAAAACAUUUACUAUUUAUAAUUAUCAUAUGCACUGACACACUUUGUUUGAAACGUUAUGUCACGUCCCCCCUGUACCCCAACACCCUCCACAUACGGCACUAUUUCACUGAGUAUUUUACUCAAGCCAGGUUUGCACAAGUAAGCUAUGUGGUGUAGUACUUUGAUGCAAGAAUAUGAUUAUCCUGAAAUGAAAUAACUAACCAUGUUAAAGAUGCAGUCCAGGAUCUUAAGCACUUACAAAUUCGUAACAUAUUGUACACGUUGGAAUUCGAAACAUUUCAUACGAAUUGCCAAAAAAAACAGGACGGAACAUAUCAUACAAAAUGAAUGACGUAGUACCCAAUUGUGCAACAUUGUCGGGGACCUGUUUUGGCUCGUGAGCACUACUUUCAACACUACUGGCUGAAAUUAUACAAAAGCUUUGGAGAAUCACAUUAAGUGCUACCGAAACCUUUUUCACAUUUUGAACCUUCUAAGCAAUUUACUGGGAAUGGAAUGUAUUGAUUCAUAUACACCAAGGCUGCAUGCAAAACGGCACCUUAUUGGGCCAUAGGGCUCUGGUCAAAAGUAGUGCACUAUGUAGGGAAUAGGGUGCCAUUUAGGAUGUAGACCUUUUUUCUAAGAGUGUAGGGUGGAGACAACUGUUUGCAGCUUUUAAUAUGAUAUCUGAUGAUCAAUGCCAGUUGAUGAUGAUCAAUGUCAGUUACUACAAGUUUAGAUAGAUGGCCGCUAGACUAAUUUACCAAUCUAAAACAUUUUAGCUGACAUGGGCUAACGUGUGUGUGUGUGUGUGUGUGUGGGGGAGGGGGGAGGUUGAUCCACAGGCCUACAAGAGGGGGCAUGUGGCAGUUGCCCAUCCCUGGUCUAGAACAUGAUGGUUUGACUCUGUGUUUCAGGAUCUUGUCGCUGACCAAGACCAAGCAGAAAGACAAGCAGAUCAGCGCCGUGCUAGAGAAGAAGACCAGAGCAGAGACAGAGGCCAGGCUCUCCAUAGAGAAACAGCUGGCAGAACUCCAGGCUCACAAACUAGAGGAGGCGGCCAUCUUAGCUCGUAGUAGUCUACCAAACAGGUAUGGCACUCACUCUCUCACCUUCCGCCAUUAUUUUGUAUUCAAAUGCAUAUAAAUGUAUGACUUGUAUGUAACGCAACAACCUUCACCCUCAGAUGCUAUUGAGCCUGCAUCCCAAAUGGCAACCUAUUCCCUAUGUAGUUCACUAUUUUUGUUCAGGGACACAUAGGACUAUGGUCAGAAGUAGUGCACACUAUAUACAGUGCCUUCAGAAAGUAUUCAUACCCCUUGACUUAUUCCACAUUUUUGUUGUGUUACAGCCUGAAUUCAAAAUGGAUUAAAUAAAAAAUAAUCUCACCCAUCUACACAUAAUACCCCAUAAUGGCAAAUUGAAAACAUGUUUUUAGAAAUGUUUGCAAAUGUAUUGAAAAUGAAAUAGAGAAAUCUAAUUUACAUAAGUAUUCACACCCCUGAGUCAAUACUUUGUAGAAGCACCUUUAGCAGCGAUUACAGCUGUGAGUAUUUCUGGGUAAGUCUCUUAAGAGCUUCCCACACCUGGAUUGUGCAACAUUUGCCCAUUAUUAUUAAACAAAUUCUUCAAGCUCUGUCAAAUUGGUUGUUGAUCAUUGCUAGACAACCAUUUUCAAGUCUUGUCAUAGAUUUUCAAGUAGAUUUAAGUCAAAACUGUAACUCGGCCGCUCAGGAACAUUCACUGUCUUCUUGGUAAGCAACUCCAGUGUAUUAGAUUAUUGUCCUGUUGAAAUGUGAACUCAUCUCCCAGUGUCUGGUGAUAGCAGACUGAACCAGGUUUUCCUCUAGGAUUUUGCCAUGGACUUUGCUCUAUUCCGUUUCUUUUUUAUCCUGAAAACUCCCCAGUCCUUAACGAUUACAAGCAUACCCAUAACAUGAUGCAGCCAUCACUAUACUUGAAAAUAGGGAGAGUGGUACUCAGUAAUGUGUUGUAUUGGAUUUGCCCCAAACAUAACACUUUGUAUUCAGGACAAAAAGUGAAUUGCUUUGCCACAUUCUUUUGCUGUAUUAUUUUAGUGCCUUGUUGCAAACAGGAUGCAUGUUUUGGAAUACAGUACAGGCUUCCUUCUUUUCACUCUGUCAAUUAGGUUAGUAUUGUGGAGUAACUACAAUGUUGUUGACCCAUCCUCAGUUUUCUUCUAUCACAGCCAUUAAACUCUGUAACUGUUUUAAAGUCACCAUUGGCCUCAUGGUGAAAUCCCUGAGUGGUUUCCUUCCUCUCCAACAACUGAGUUAGGAAGGACGCCUGUAUCUUUGUAGUGACUGGGUGUAUUGAUACACCAUCCAAAGUGUAAUUAAUAACUUCACCAUGCUCAAAGGCAUAUUCAAUGUCUGUUUAUUUUUAUUUUUACCCAUCUACCAAUAGGUGUCCUUCUUUGCGAGGCAUUGGAAAACCUCCCUGGUCUUUGUGGUUGAAUCUGUGUUUGAAAUUCACUGCUCGACCGAGGGACUUUACAGAUAAUUGUAUUUGUGUGGGUACAGAGAUGAGGUAGUCAUUCAAAAAUCAUGUUAAACACUAUUAUUGCACACAGAGUGAGUCCAUUCAACUUAUUAUGUGACUUGUUAAGCACAUUUUUACUCCUGAAAUGAUUUAGGCUUGACAUAACAAAGGGGUUGAAUACUUAUUGAGUCAAGACAUUUCAGCUUUUAAUUUUUAAUUAAUUUGUAAAAAUGAAAUCUCAAUUUAAUCCAUUUGAAAUUCAGGCAGUAAUACAACAAAAUGUGAAAAAAGUCAAGGGGUGUGAAUACUUUCUGAAGGCAGUGUAUGAGUCUAUGUUCCAGAUCAGGGGUUCUCAAACUUCUCAAACUUUCUGGGGUCGAAGAAAAUUCAUCAGGGACAAAACACAUAAUCAAAACACAAAUAAUAGCAUACAGAGUUAUUCUAUGAUUUCGGUAGUGCAUGGCCGGACAAACCAAGUUUCGGGUCCUGGGAAGGAACAUUUUAAAGGCCUGCCUCUUGGUAUCGGUGAGAACAUUUUGCAGUUUUCAAGCUGAAAUUACAGUGCAUUUAUGUAUUGAGAAGUAUUCAAUACAAGAGGGUAUUGAGUUGAAAAAAAAAAAUAGAAUUGGUGGAGACUGUGGAGACUGUGGAUACCAAUAACCCUGUGAGCCUCCCAGGUCCAUGUUGCCCUGGGUUAAGAACAUCAAUUGUAGAUUAAUAAUAUUGCAUUGUAUUGUAUUGCACCCUCUAAAGUUAUUCGGAUCGCUUGGCCAAAAUUAAUUUAAUCUGUUGUUGUUAGUAAUAUUCAUUAAAAAAAAUGAAAUGUAUUUUUUUUUCGAGAUCUGAACACAGACCUCCUGCAGUACCUCCGCAGACCCCCUGAGAACCCCUGCUCCAGAUCAUGCCUAAUUUCACCAAUACUUGCUUUCUUUCUUUUAUUUGCUGUACUAUUAACUUUCUUUUCAUUGCAGCCUGUAACAACAAUCAUAGUAAAAAAGCAUAAUAAUUAGUGAAGAAUAAUACAGAUGGAUUUCAAAAUGCCUCCCAAAAAAUGAUAAAAUCGCUUGCUGUCGAUGAUGUCAUGUUUCUUUGUGUUUGGACUACCCCACCUCCCCAACCCCACCUCUCUGACCACCUGAAACAAAACAUGUACUAUUCUCUCUAUUUUCCAUCACACUAGGCAGGAACACUCUGUGACCCUAAUGUUAAGGAAAAAGGAAAAAGAUCUAGAGACAGAGUACAAACAACUGCAGCUGGAGAGUCAAGGGAAAGAGGGGCGUGUGAUAGCUCUAGUGAAUGAAGUGGAGGUAAAAAAUAAAUACUACUCUUUCACAUUAGUGGGUUCCGUACGAAUGUACGUGUCGAGGUUGUGAGUUUUCACGUCUUGCUCGUUGUUGAAGUGAUACUCUGUUGUCUUGUGUUUUUGGAUAUGCCGUUUUGUAGAGUUGUGGCUUGUUGCAAGUGACUAUCUGUGUCAUUAUUUGUGUUUGUGGAUUUGAGUAGCAGGAAAUGGUGUUUGGGCCAGUGCUUUGAGGACUUUCAGAUCAUCCGUUUUUUUGUGUUGGCCUGAACACAACGUACUGUAACGUGGGCACUUUGUCUUUGCAUUGAUCAAUACUGUAUUCUAACUGUAUUCGUUCCACAUAUAUUUUAUAUCUUGUCGUUUGUGAUUAUUGUUUUUUUUGUGGUGACAUAUACUCCAUGAAGCAUGCAGACAUUGCAGAGGCAGAAGCCAAGUCUUUCAUAAAACAUUGUACAUCUUAAAGUGAAUUCUUCAUAGGUUACUAGUUAGUUAUUUAGUAAUACAACCCAAUACAACUGUUACUCCCUCCACUUAACUUUAAAAACCAAUUUUAACAAAAAACCCUGAAUUUUAAAAUAAAUUAUUCAGCUCACAUUGUUUUUUGAAUGGCUGGCCAUCCACCAAUCCACCAUCACUGUUGGAAAUGAAUAUUGUUGUCAUGUGGUGCGUUGGUUCCCUAACUGGGGAAACUGGGUUUCUAAUGAGGGCAUUGCAAUUCUUCAGCACACAAAAAGUAGUAUAAAACAAAAUAAAUGCAUUCUACAAGUUUGGGGAACCAAAGCACAUCCUGUUAAAAGCAAGGAGUACCUCAGAAUGACUGCUGGACCACCAGGGUCAUGUUCAGUAGGACACAUGGUUUAAAACGUUUUCAAACUGAAAACGAAACCAAUCAUUUCUUAUUGGACAACUCCAGGCAGAACCACCCCGUUACACUCAGUUUUCUCCUGUUUCGUGCCUACUGAACACUGCCCAGUUAGUCCACACUCCUGUGUUAGCCUGGCAUCCAAACUGAAUUUGCUACGUUUCACCAUCGUUUCGCUUUACAACAACAGUGAAACGUAGCAAAAUCAAUUUGGGUGCCAGCCAGUCUGCUUCUAUGUAGCCCUGGGGCUAUUGCGAGUUUCUCUCUCCUUGAUCCCAUCCCAGGCCCUUGGGAAGUAUCGUUGUGUGGAACAGGAGGAACAGGACGUGCUGCUCUCCGCCUUGUCGGGCCUACAGGACAAGGCUCAGCACCUGGAGUACAACCUGAGCGCCGAGACGCGCAUCAAACUGGACCUAUUCUCAGCCCUGGGAGACGCCCGCAGGCAGCUGGAGAUAGCACAAGGUCCCCCUCCCCAUUUAUGUUAAAGCUCUAUCGAAUUAUGUUAUAGUUCUAUAGAAUUAUGUUAUAGCUUUGUAUAAUUAUGUUAUAGCUCUAUAGAAUUAUGUUAUAGCUCUAUAGAAUUAUGUUAUAGCUCUAUAGAAUGUUAUAGCUCUAAAUAAUUAUGUUAUAGCUUUAUAGAAUUAUGUUAGAGCUCUAUAGAAUUAUGUUAUAGCUCUAGAAUUAUGUUAUAGAUUUAUAGAAUUAUGUUAUAGAUUUAUAGAAUUAUGUUAUGGAUUUAUAGAAUUAUGUUAUAGCUCUAUAGAAUUAUGUUAUAGCUCUAUAGAAUUAUGUUAUAGCUCUAUAGAGUUAUGUUAUAGCUCUAUAGAAUUAUGUCAUAGAUUUAUAGAAUUAUGUUAUAGCUCUAUAGAAUUAUAUUAGAGCUCUAUAGAAUUAUGUUAUAGCUCUAGAAUUAUGUUAUAGAUUUAUAGAAUUAUGUUAUAGAUUUAUAGAAUUAUGUUAUGGAUUUAUAGAAUUAUGUUAUAGCUCUAUAGAAUUAUGUUAGAGCUCUAUAGAAUUAUGUUAUAGCUUUAUAGAAAUAUGUUAUAUCUCUAUAGAAUUAUGUUAUAGAUUUAUAGAAUUAUGUUAUAGCUUUUAUAGAAUGUUAUACCUCUAUAGAAUUAUGUUAUAGCUUUAUAGAAUUAUGUUAUAGCUUUAUAGAAUUAUGUUAUAGAUUUAUAGAAUUAUGUUAUAGCUUUAUAGAAUGUUAUAGCUCUGUAGAAUUAUGUUAGAGCUCUAUAGAAUUAUGUUAUAGCUUUAUAUAAUUAUGUUAUAGCUUUAUAGAAUUAUGUUAUAGCUCUAUAGAAUUAUGUUAUAGCUCUAUAGAAUUAUGUUAUAGCUCUAUAGAAUUAUGUUAGAGCUCUAUAGAAUUAUGUUAGAGCUCUAUAGAAUUAUGUUAUAGCUUUAUAGAAUUAUGUUAUAGCUCUAUAGAAUUAUGUUAUAGCUCUAUAGAAUGUUAUAGCUCUAUAGAAUUAUGUUAUAGCUUUAUAGAAUUAUGUUAUAGCUUUAUAGAAUGUUAUAGCUCUAUAGAAUUAUGUUAGAGCUCUAUAGAAUAAUGUUAUAGCUCUAUAGAAUUGUUAUAGAUUUAUAGAAUUAUAGAAUUAUGUUAUAGCUUUAUAGAAUGUUAUAGCUCUGUAGAAUUAUGUUAUAGCUCUAUAGAAUUAUGUUAUAGAUUUAUAGAAUUAUGUUAUAGCUUUAUAGAAUGUUAUAGCUCUGAAGAAUUAUGUUAGAGCUCUAUAGAAUUAUGUUAGAGCUCUAUAGAAUUAUGUUAUAGAUUUAUAGAAUUAUGUUAUAGCUUUAAAGAAUGUUAUAGCUCUGUAGAAUUAUGUUAGAGCUUCUAUAGAAUUUAUGUUUAGAGCUCUAUCAUAAUUAUGUUAGAGGCUUAUGAGAAUUUAUGUUAUGAGCUCUAUAGUAAGGUUAUGAGCUCUAUAGAAUUAUGUUAUAGCUCUAUAGAAUUAUGUUAUAGCUCUAUAGAAUUAUGUUGGUUAGCUGUAUGAAUGGUUAGAGCUCUUAUAGAGUAUGUAUAGACCUAUAGAAUUAUGUUAUAGCUCUUAGAAUUUGUUAUAGCUCUAUAGAAUUAUGUAUAUAGCUUAUAAAAUUAUGUUAUAGCUCUAUAGAAUUAUGUUGAUGAUGAACAUCUAUUAGCUUAUGUUUGCCUUUAAGCUCUAGAUUUGACUCAGAUAAUUCUAUGAAUUUGCUCUAUAAGCUCUAUUAUAGCUUGCUGAGCCGAUUCCACAUCAGUUAUACGCGUGUAGCUUGAACUUUCGCUUAAAUCGUGCAUUGAUAUCAAUGGAAGAUUUGCUUGAAUGUUCCCGUUAUAUGCCCAAUUAUUAUGUGAGGAUUUGGCAUUGUAAGGAGAGUUUAGCUACAGUAAUUCAGUGACUUCAUAAAUCAUUAUUAUUAUUUAUUUGUGUCUAUGACUCCUCCGUCGCUUAUCGCGCCUCUACUGUACCUCUGUCCCACAGGAAAAGUACUCAAGCAGGAUAAGGAGAUUGGCGAGAUGAAACGGAAGAUCGCCGAGGUCAUGGCCGUCAGUCCCGGCAUGUCCUUCAUGACGCCACGGCCCGCCGUACCGCAGUACCUCACCAAGUUCCUCAACUCAGAGCGCUAUGUGCUCAACCCACGGGCGCUGAUGUACCAGUGUCUUAAGAAAUAAGAAUCCAUCACGGCCUGUUGAAAACAUGCGGUAGACCAUCUUAAGCAUUCUCUAUCUCCUAGAGGGACGGAGAGCACCCAAGAGACUUCCUGGAUGUGGCGAUGAUAUCACAGUGCUCAAUGACAUUCUCUGUCUCAAGGAUUUGUAUACAGUAGUUCUCACAAAACAUAAACUGUCAGAUGAUUACCUUCUCAGUAAUCCUCCAUAAAUCAUUGGCGAGGUGAGAAACAAAAUGCCUUUGUCUGCUUCGCAGGUGCUUAAUUCACAAGGCACAUAUUCCUGUCUUUCCUCUGAAGAAGUAUUUGAAUUCAGAGGACUUGUGAGAUUACUGAUGCCGACGGUGAUGUGUAAAUGUGAUGUCGAGCUCCCUUGGCUACAGUAAAUAUCACAUUUCAUAGGUGCUCGUCCGUUAGGACACUAUUGGCUUUUCAAUUCAGAAUCAUGGCACAAUGAACCGUGUAAUGUGAUUUGGGUCGAGCAAGACUAGGUUGGAAGAGAUUGGCUGGACUGUCUGAGCUCACCUUAGCAACUCUUUGUCCUUAUAUUGUUGUUUUGGGUUUCUCUCCUAUUAAUUUGCCUUAUAUUGACGGGCAACGUUUAUUCAAUGCAUGUAUUGCCAGUGGGCAAACCCCUGGCCUUGAUUAUCAACCUUUGGUUCCUUUGGACAGUGUCUCUUCAAGACAAAGGAUGAUCAGGUCACACCAGACCUGGGUUCAAAUACUAUUUGCAAUAAUUUCAAAUGCUUUCUUGAGCUUGUCUGGGACAAUGGAACCAAUAGCUUAGUUGCUUCAAGUUCAAACCCAGACCAUCUGGGUUUGAACUCUUCCAGACAGACUAAAGCAAACGCUAAAGUAUUUCAAAGAUUUCAAAU